AUGGCUCCUAAAACAGACUUCCCCGCAGUGCGCGCCUGCAUUUUUGACAUGGACGGUCUUCUCCUCAACUCCGAAGACAUAAUCGGUCUAUCCACGAAUCAAUUGUUACAAAAGUACGGAAGGCCUCCUUUGACCAGGUCGAUUCAAGCCCAGCUAAUGGGUGUCGCGGACUCGACAAAUGGCGACAUAUUCCACAAUUGGGCCAAGUUGCCCAUCUCUCGCGAGCAAUUCGCCCGCGAAUCUAGCGAAGGCAUGCGACUGCUCUUUCCAGAUUGCAGGCCCCUACCUGGGGCGGAGAAGAUUCUGUCAAAUCUGAACUGUGCACGGAGUGCUUCGUCUGGGGACAAGAUCCAGCUAGCUUUGGCUUCUAGCACCAAGACCCGUAGUUAUGAGUUGAAAACUUCGGGACCAGAAUCAAAACGACUGCUCAGCUUCUUCCGGUCAGACAGAAGGGUCCUGGGUGAUGACCCACGAGUGAAAAAGGGUCGAGGAAAGCCAGCGCCCGACAUUUAUUUGCUCGCGCUGGAGUCAUUGAACUCAGGGACAGAGUCUGGGGGAGACCCUAUCCUACCUAGUGAAUGUCUGGUCUUCGAAGAUAGCAUCGCUGGUGUAGAGGCUGGAAGACGCGCUGGGAUGAGAGUCGUUUGGGUUCCACAUCCAGAUGUGGCGGUUGAGUACCAGCCAAUGCACAAGGAUAUCCUUGCUGGGAGGUCGGGAAGAUUCAAGGUCGGAGAUGAAUGCCAGCUAGGAGAGAUUGAUGAUGGCUGGGCUGAAAGUAUACCUAGUCUAGAACACUUUGAUUACGAGAAGUACGGUCUCGAUGUGGCAUUUCGAAUAUCUUAA